UUCUCUCCUCCUGGGUCCUGUUGCCUCCUCUGGCCCCAGGACACCCGCGACCCUGCAGAGAGCUCUGAGCCAGUUCAGUCUGCCCUGGGCCGGACGGGUGGUGGACACAGGAGGAAGCUGGGCAGCCUGCCUGGAGGAGGCGUCCGAGGCGUCCCCUGAGGAACCGGCUGACCAUGAGUGUCCCAGGGCCUGGGGUGGACGAGUACAUGGGGACGCUGAGGGACGAGGAGGACUCGCUGUGGGAGAACGUGGAGAGUCACCGGCACUUGCUGAGUCGCUCCAUCAACCCCGCCAAGCUCACGCCGUACCUGCGGCAGUGCAAGGCCAUCGACGAGCAGGACGAGGACGAGGUGCUCAGCGCCCCCAUGCUGCCCUCCAAGAUCAACCGCGCAGGCCGCCUGCUGGACAUCCUGCACACCAAGGGCCGGCGCGGGUACGUGGUGUUCCUGGAGAGCCUGGAGUUUUACUACCCCGAGCUCUACAAGCUGGUGACCGGCAAGGAGCCCACGCGCAGGUUCUCCACCAUCGUGGUGGAGGAGGGCCACGAGGGCCUGACGCACUUCCUGAUGAACGAGGUGCUGAAGCUGCAGCAGCAGAUGAAGGCCAAGGACCUGCAGCGCUGCGAGGUCCUGGCGCGGGCGCGGCAGCUGGAGGACGAGAAGCGGCAGCUGGCGCUGACCCGCGUGGAGCUGCUCACCUUCCAGGAGCGCUACCGCAAGAUGAAGGAGGAGCGGGACGGCCACAGCGACGAGCUGCUCAAGGUCAAGGACGACAACUACAACCUGGCCAUGCGCUACGCCCAGCUCAGCGAGGAGAAGAACAUGGCGGUCAUCCGCAGCCGCGACCUGCAGCUCGAGGUGUGCGGCCUGCUUGCGCUUUAG